AUGGAUGACAGCAUAAUGCCAUGCUCAGAUUUCUACGAAUACGCCUGUGGCAAGUGGCCCGAACUGAAUGAAGCACAUAAAGAUGACUACACAACAGCCGAAGAGAAAGCCAACCAUGAGGUUAAUAUGGAGUUAACUCAGUACAUGGACAAUAUUCCAAUGUCCGACCAGCCGGAAUUUGUACAAAAGGCCUAUUCCUUGUAUACCUCCUGUACGGACAAUGAGCAGUUUAAUGGUCUUAACUAUUUGUGGUGGUUUAAGUCGCACAAAAAUUUGGAAUGGGCUCUAUGGCCUUCAGACGAAGGGGUCAGUGAUGGUCACUUGAAUUGGGCCAAGACCUUAGGAACAUUCCGCAGAUUUGGCAUGCUUAACAUUUUUGUAGACCUGCGAAUGUUUGUCGAUAAAGAGGAUCCAUCGAAAAAUGUUCUUCGCCUAACCAAGCCGGAGUCAUUUGCUCCGCUAACACAUGAGGACAUUGAACAUUUGAACAAAGCCCUGGAUAUAAAAACUACAUUUGAGGAGAAAUGGAAUGAUUUGAGCGAAUUUGAGAAGCUUUUGCAAAAGCUUAACGACGAAAAAGAAGACGAUGACAACGAAAUCGAGCUUUUGAACUCCAUUAAAGAUCAGCCUGUUGUGGAUGUCCUCCAACGAUACGUCGCUGCAAGCUUAGAUCUUCCAGCCUUACCAGAUUCCAUGGAAAUCUCUGUCGAAAAUUACCAUUACAUGGAAUCCUUAGAUGCCUUGCUCAGAGCCUAUGAUGAUGAGUUCUUGUGCGGCUAUCUGGAAGUGCGCUUUUUGUGGUACCUAUAUGAAAAUCUCAAAUAUUUCUCCGACGAGUAUUGCAUGGCCACCACCAGAGCCCGCAUGCCCAUGGCCACGCAUUGGAUUUAUGGACAAUUGCAUCCAGAGCUGGAAGCACAAAUUCCAGCAAUCAACGAAAUGUUCAUCAACCUUAUUGGACACAUGAAAAAGAGUUUGAGCUCCGAUAAGAAGGCUAUAGUCCCAAAAAGCUUUCUGGACAAAUUGGACACAAUUCAGUUAAAAGUAGGUAAUUACCCACGUUUUGAUACCAUCGAAGUCUUGGAAUCUUUUUAUGCAAAUGUUACUUUGAACUCCUCCGAUUUUUAUGGCAAUUGUUUGCAACUUUUGGAAUUUCAUGCAAAUAUUGAGCUCUCAAACACCAACAAUGAGCUUAAGAUAGAUGUGAAUACCUACUUUGACAAAGCCGAUGCAAUGGGCUCAAGCAUCUAUCCCUAUUACCGAGAGGCAGAUAACAUUGUGGUCGUCCCUCUGGCCUUGUUGAGACCGCCGCUCUAUCAUUGGGGUUGGAUGGAUAUUUACAAAUACAGCUCGCUAGGCUACAAUUUGCUCCACGCUCUACACAUGAGUCUUGCCUACCAGAACGGUUUUGGGUAUGCGGAUAGUUUGAGGAUUGCUGACAUUGGAAGCCUCAAUUCCGCCUACCAUGCCCACUUCCAUGAUCAAAAUGUCAGUGCCAGCGAAAUUACCCAAUUUGGAUAUAUGCAAAUGGACUGGAAGCAGUUAUUUUUUCUCAAUUUUGCCCAUACCCACUGUCAAAAUGACAUCUCAUCUCAAGACUACAACGCUGUGAAUUUUAUUUCCACUCAAAUGCCAGAAUUUGUGAAGGUAUUUGAUUGCAAAUUGAAUUCAUUCCUCGAAUUGUUUACUCACAUAUAA